CGCGGCGCUCCGGGGACAGCGGCGGACGGCGGCGGCAUGCGGCUUCUCGCGCUGCCCAUCGUGGGCUGAGACGGCCGCAGCGCGGGCGGGAGGCGCGGCGGCCGGUGAGCCGAGGGCGCAGCCAGCCGGGCAGACCGCGGAUAGCGGUCGGGGCGCCGCGCCAUGGGCCGAGCCGGGGGCGGGGGCCCGGGCCGGGGGCCGCCGCCUCUGCUGCUGCUUCUGGGGGCCGCGCUGGUCCUCGCCACCCGGGCCGCGCCGGCCCGUGAGACUGGCGGCGCCGUCGAGGCCCACGAGCAAGUGAAGAGCAUCCUGGCGAGGGAGCCGACUGCCAACGAAACGAGGGAGAAGGCCGGCCCACCAGCAGCUGAGGAAGAUGAGACCUCGUGGACCGCACCUGGCGGUGAGCAGGCCAUGAUGGGGCCUAGUGUCGGGCCAGAGGAGGUGCUGGAGGCGUCGGCAGCGGUGACCGGCGCACCCUGGCUGGAGGCUGACAGCCCUGGCCUGGGUGGAGUGACCGCAGAGGCCGGCAGCGGCGACACCCAGGCCCUUCCAGCCACGCUCCCGGCUCCCAAGGAGGCCCUGGGACAGUCAUCGAUGGCCCCCUCCAUCCCCAAGGCUACAGAGGCCAGCAGACCACCCUCCCCCACACCUGGCGACAUGCUGAGCCCCGGCCCAGAACACCCCAAGGAGAGUCCCUUGGAGGUUUGGUUGAACCUGGGAGGCAGCACACAUGACCCUCAUGGGCCAGAGCCCACAUUCCCCUUUCAGGGCACAAUGGAGCCCCAGCCAGCGUCAGAUAUAAUUGACAUCGACUACUUCGAAGGAUUGGAUGGUGAGGGCCGUGGUGCCGACCUGGAGAGCUUCCCAGGGUCGCCAGGAACCUCAGAGCACCACCCUGAUACUGGGGGAGAGACCCCUUCCUGGAGCCUGCUUGACUUAUACGAUGACUUCACCCCCUUUGAUGAAUCUGACUUCUACCCCACCACAUCCUUCUAUGAUGACCUUGAUGAAGAGGAGGAGGAAGAGGAGGAUGACAAGGAUGCAGCGGGAGGUGGAGACCUGGAAGAUGAAAGUGACCUUCUGGUGCCUACCGAGAAGCCUGGUCUGGGGCCCGGGACUGGCCAGCCUACCAGUCGGUGGCAUGCUGUCCCCCCACAGCAUACUCUGGGGAUGGUCCCUGGCAGCAGCAUCGCCCUCAGGCCCCGCCCUGGAGAGCCAGGCAGGGACCUGACCCCAAGCGAGAAUGGCACUGAGUGCCGCAGCGGCUUUGUGCGACAUAACGGCUCCUGCCGGUCAGUGUGCGACCUCUUUCCAAGUUACUGUCACAAUGGCGGCCAGUGCUACCUGGUGGAGAACAUAGGGGCCUUCUGCAGGAGACUGCCAAGCCCUCAGUUGCAGACUGCAGCAUGCCUUUGUCUCCGCCGCCCUGGCCCACUGCAGGGAAAUGAUCGGAGCUACAGCAGAACUUCUCCAGAGCAGCAAGUUAGCAGGAUCUUCUUUCCCCGCCCUCCCCAGACACAUAGCCUCCCUGGACUGCAGAGGGUCAGUUGGAAAAGAAAGAAAUUUCCUGUUAAGUCACAUCUCCCCACCCUAUUCCGGAGGUGGAGGAGCCCAGUUCUCCAAUGCUUAAUUUCCCCAUUCCUGGACCCCUUUUCUCUUGUCUGUCAUUCACCCUGAGGUUCAUGUCCUCCCUCAUUUGCCUGCUUCUGUAUCCUUCCACAUCUUUCCUCUUUGAAGCAGCCUGGUUCCCAUGGAAACAGCAAUGUCAUUGGAAGAGUUGGAGCCUGGGAAUGUCCCCAAGGGCAAGAGAAAGUCACUCAACAAAAGGACUAAAACCCACCCAGAGGGUUGAUUCUCACUGUGCUUUCCUGACAUUUCUCAUGGUAAUAGGACACGAAGUUUUAGGGGCAGAAUUUGGGGGGCUGCGAUAGGAGGGGAAUGUACAUCCAUCUUUGUGUUCGUCCUUGUCUGUCAACUUCCUUACAUUUUGGCGUCUGGAUAGCCUGGUGAACUAGAUGGGACUGCAGAACAGCAAGAUAGGUUCUCACGUGCAGAGUGAAUUGACUGCUUUUGGAGCCAGAGGUCCUAUUAUCUUGUCUUUCACCCAGAGCCAAGGGCAGGGGGAGCUGAGAGAAUCCUGUGAUUGUCAUUGAGGCUGCGAGGGGGAAAGCCAAGGUUCUCACCCUCCGCAGUCACUUCAUACUCAUGGGAAUGACCAGUUCACUCAGUUUCUCAGUGCCCUGGUUGCCUUGUUUAUAUCAUGGACCUUAGCGCUGCUCUGCCCACUUCAUGGGACGUCUAAGAUUUACUUAAAUUCAAGUUAGUUAACAUACAGUGUAGUACUGGUUUUAGGAGUAGAAGCCAGUGAUUCAUCUCUAACAUACAACACCCAGCGCUCAUCCCAACAAGUGCCCUCCUCAGUGCCCGUCACCUCAUGGGGUGGUUGUACAGAGUCUCAGCUAUGAGGCCUGCACAGAUCGGGGACAUCUCACUUCCUCAACACAGUCCCAGGAAUGGGCUGUUGAGGUGAGUAUGGGGCUCAGGGACCAGGCCCUCGCUGUGGCCACGGCUGCCUGCCUGUCAUCUCAGUCUCUCUCUGUCGC